AUGUCUGAAAAGGCGGAAGCCUCAUCCACUGAUGUCGCCAAAACCAUGCACCCUGUGUAUAAUGUGGCCAAUAUUCAACACAAGGUCAGGGUUCUCGAUGGCUUGAAGGUCUCUUACUCAUCAUGGGUUAAGUUAUUCCAGCUUCAUGCCAAGGGCUAUAAAGUCAUGGCACAUAUUGAUGGUACGAAACCACCUGCCAAAACUGACCCUGAGUAUGAAUCAUGGUCUGAAAUCGAUGCAAUCGUCUUGCAAUGGAUUUAUGGGACAUUAUCUGAUGACCUGCUGACUCGUGUCCUUGAAACUCAGUCUACGGCUCGUGAAGCUUGGUGUCGUAUUCAAACCAUAUUCCUCAACAAUAAAGGUUCAAGGGCUGCAGCCCUUGAACACGAGUUCAAUAAUCUCACUCUGAAAUCCAUGCCAUCCCUCGAAGCAUAUUGUCAAAAGCUCAAGGAACUAGGUGACAGACUCAAUGAUGUGGACUGCCCUGUCAACAAUCAACGAUUAGUUCUUCAAUUAGUUCAUGGAUUACCUGUUGAGUAUGACACAACAGCGGCCUACAUUAAUCAGACUCUUCCCACGUGGGAGACGGCUGUGAGUAUGAUGGAACUCGAACACCAAAGGCAAACAGCCCGUGAGACCCUGUCCCCACCCACAGCCAUGGCUGUUGUGCAUUCUGCGCCAUUUACUCAACUCAAUCGUCGGCGCCAAGGCAACAGGCACAAUGGCAAACGACCCAAUUCUCAGCAGAGUAGUUCUUCCUCUGCCCCAAGGCGCAACCCAGUGAAUCCACAGCCCAGGUCUCAGCAUCAGCAGGUUCAGCAAGCACAGGCACAACCUUGGUUUUCUUCAAAUGCUCGUGCUCCCUAUUGGGCUUACUGGAGCCCACCUCCCUGUCCUUACCCAACAACUGCAGGUUGGAACUCUCCAUGGAAUUGUCAAUCAUCCCAGACUUGGACUCCUUCUGUCCGUAGGCCUGCUUCUCGCACCAAUGGCCCAACAGACAAUCAGGCUCAUUUCACAGCUUAUGACCUAAUGGAACCUACUCAAAUGGGUGAAGCUUUUCAAGCAAUGAAUCUGGAACAACCCGAUGAAUAG